UGGGGACAAAAAAAGAUCUCGAAUGCCCCCUAAAAUAACUUGAGUUUGGUAGUUUCAAAAUCAAUUUUCAUAUCGGAAUUUAAAGACGUGCACAAAAUCUUUAACCUGUAAAGUAUUACCCCAAAAAAACGUUUUCUUUUCAUCCUUUGAACCAAGAAAUAUGCCCGCCGAGAACUACUUUUAGAAACUCCGAGCAUUUUUUUAAACACUUGCUUCGGAGAUAAAACAUAAAACUUUUAGGAUUAAUAAAUGUUGUUAUGAGUCCCAAUAAUAAAGGCUUGAGAAGAAAUUGCUUAUUCUAAGGUGCGAACCCAAUAAAUUCUUCAGGCAAAAAAAUCUCUUUAUAGUUAUACUUUUCAAAGACUUUUUAUUAGAUCAACUUAAUUUUGCUUUUUUUUUUUAUAGUGAUAUUUUCUUUAAACAAAUUUUAUCCAAAAAGGACAUGCACGGUUGAUCCUGACAGGACUUAGCCAAUCAGAUUACUCUAGAGUUAAUUUGAACCAGAAUAACUUGAUCCAAGUUAAGACGGUUAUUAUAGUUCUAUAUUUAUAUAUAGAUAUGUGCAUUUUCAUCUUUUCAUAAAGAAACUGUCCAAGUCGGAGUAUUUUUGGAAUUUGAAAUAUUUCGUUUGAAUAUAAAUCGGUAAUAAAAAAAUAGUUUAAUUUGAAUACUUGACGAGAUUGUCAAAUUCAAACUAGUGAGUGAUGAAGAUAUCAAUAACCAAUUAAAUUUUAGUUAUUCAUUUUUUAGGUCUUUACUGAGAACUUUUGUUAGAAUUCUUGAGUCGUGACUCUUAUGAUGGUAUUUUUUGUAACCGUGCUCGGGUUCAUUUGAGAACAACUCGACGAAGAAAAAAUACUCAAUAAUUUAAAAAAUUUUCUUAAGACUUCCCUUAAUGCAUUUAUUCUGAAUAACCCGGUGGAUAGAAGAAUGGCAACCUAAUUAUAAAGCUUUCCUAAUCGGAAACUUAAAAAAAUGUAGAUUUAUUUUUGCCAAACGCAGUUGAAAGGCGGGCUAAAAUCCAUACAAAAAAAGUGGAAUAAACUAAGAUUUUUUAGGAAGAGCCUUCCAACAAGAAACUCAGUUUUUUUUUGGCGAUAUGGCCGAGUGGUAAGGCGAAGGACUGCAAAUCUUUUUUUCCCCAGUUCAAAUCUGGAUAGCAGGUGCAAUUUGUUUUUGUUCGACUCAGAUUAGAUAUAUUUUGAUUUAUACCUUUGCGUUUUUUAUGAAUUAUUUUUUUUUAUAAAAAAAAUAAAGAAACGAGUCUAUCGUUAAAAAUUACUCAUUUCUAUAUUUAUGAUUAGGACGAGUUCCUUGUAUGAUUAUUAGAUUAUGGGUCUUUUUAAAUGCUACAUGAGGGAGUUCACCAUUCUUUAUUAGUUUAUUUUUAUUAUAAAAAAAUAAAAAAGUUUGAAUAAAGUGUUUUUUAAUUUUUUUAAUUAUUAAUUAUAGAGAUAGGGGAGAGAAUUUACCACAUGAAUAUAGAUAUAGUAAGUAUGGCUUGGGCUGCGUUAAUGGUAGUCUUUACCUUUUCCCUUUCAUUAGUAAUAUGGGGAAGAAGUGGACUCUAGAAGUGCUGCUAAUUUGAAUUUUUGGGAAAUAAAACUAUUUGACUUUGAUUCUUUGUAUCAUACAGCGUUAUGCACGACCUUGAUAAUUCUAAUAAUUUGUAAAUAAAACCUCUAUCCCCAUGUCUUUCGUUUCAACUAUUAACAACACAUAAAUAUAAAUAUAGAAUAGAUAGUCUGGGUUUCAUUUAUUUAUCAACCCUCACUAUCUAUUUAUACAUAGAUACAGGUCAUUUAAGGUUUUUAUUUAAUAUAUGGCGAAGUUGAUGGCUUGUUUAUCAGUCACAUUAAAAAGAUGUCCUACAAUUUUUGCUAUAAGCGGACUCAAAAGGAAAGAGUUCUGGGAGUAACUAAUUAUUUUGACUUACUGUUUUGACAUAAAGAAUCAGGAGAAGGGCAGUCGGGAAGAGAAUCAAUAGGGCAGUAGCACUAAAUGCAAGAAUAUUGACUUCCAUAGUUCCUUCCUUUUUUACGGCGUACUAACUCGGGAUUUAAUCCCAUAGAAAAAUUUUGGUUUAUUAUAAAUUAAUAACUAGAUAUUGGAUCCGUCGGGACUGACGGGGCUCGAACCCGCAGCUUCCGCCUUGACAGGGCGGUGCUCUAACCAAUUGAACUACAAUCCCUGGAAAAAGGGAUAUGAAAUAAGGUUUUAUUUUUGUAGCUAUGUAGAAUAGAGUUCAUGGGCCGAGCUGGAUUUGAACCAGCGUAGGCAUAUUACCAACGAAUUUACAGUCCGUUCCCAUUAACCACUCGGGCAUCGACCCAGGAAGAAUUAAAAUUUAAUUUUAUACUGAAACUUGGUAAUCUUUUUUCUAGAGUACCUACCCCCAGGGGAAUUCGAAUCCCCGUUACCUCCGUGAAAGAGAGAUGUCCUAAACCACUAGACGAUGGGGGCUUACUACUUAACUACUUGAAUUAAAUUACUUAAAUUUUUUUAAUUUUCAAUAUUUCGAAACUCCCACCUUCUUUUCUAAUUUUUUGAGUUUUAAAAACAAUUUCAAGGAAAAAUUAAGCACGUGUUUAUUGCAUGUACAUAAACAAAAUACUCCAUAACGAGAAAGUCGGAAUAAUUCCAUGUUUAUGGAACAUACCAAUAAUCCAGAAGAAACAAAUAGUAUCUUUGAGUCUCUAUCUCUCCUCCNCAAAUUAACAACAAACAGGAAGAAUUGGAUCUUCGAAACCCAUUGGAAACCACGGUUCGAGAUACAUGAAUAAAUAUUACCGCAAGAACAGAAAUUUUCAGAUGUAAUAAAACCAAAAAUCCGAUAUGGUGCUCGGAAAUGGUCGAAGUAGUUUAAUAGGAGUAUUACUAUGACUAUAACCCUUGGUCAAUCUACGAAAAAUGACAAGGAUUUAUUUGAUACUAUGGAUGACUGGUUACGCAGAGACCGUUUUCUUUUUGUAGGGUGGUCAGGUCUAUUACUAUUUCCUUGUGCCUAUUUUGCUUUAGGUGGGUGGUUCACGGGUACAACCUUUGUAACUUCCUGGUAUACUCAUGGAUUGGCUAGUUCCUAUUUGGAAGGUUGUAAUUUCUUAACUGCUGCCGUUUCUACUCCUGCGAAUAGUUUAGCGCAUUCUUUAUUGUUACUCUGGGGUCCUGAAGCACAAGGCGAUUUUACACGUUGGUGUAAAUUAGGAGGUUUGUGGACAUUUGUGGCUCUUCACGGUGCUUUCGGAUUAAUUGGUUUCAUGUUACGACAAUUUGAGCUUGCCAGAUCUGUUCAAUUGCGACCUUAUAACGCCAUCGCAUUCUCUGCUCCAAUUGCUGUUUUUGUCUCUGUCUUCUUUAUUUAUCCACUAGGUCAGUCUGGUUGGUUUUUUGCACCUAGUUUUGGUGUAGCAGCUAUUUUCCGAUUUAUCCUUUUUUUUCAGGGAUUUCAUAAUUGGACAUUGAACCCCUUUCAUAUGAUGGGAGUUUCCGGUGUACUGGGUGCUGCCCUGCUAUGCGCUAUUCAUGGUGCUACCGUAGAAAAUACUUUAUUUGAAGACGGUGAUGGUGCAAAUACAUUCCGCGCCUUUAACCCAACGCAAUCGGAAGAAACUUAUUCAAUGGUUACUGCUAACCGAUUUUGGUCCCAAAUAUUUGGAGUUGCUUUUUCAAAUAAACGUUGGUUACAUUUCUUUAUGUUAUUUGUACCAGUAACCGGUUUAUGGAUGAGUGCUCUGGGAGUAGUCGGCCUGGCCUUGAACUUACGUGCCUAUGAUUUUGUUUCCCAAGAAAUUCGGGCAUCGGAAGAUCCUGAAUUUGAAACUUUCUACACAAAAAAUAUUUUGUUAAAUGAGGGUAUUCGUGCUUGGAUGGCCGCUCAAGAUCAGCCUCAUGAAAACCUUAUAUUCCCUGAGGAGGUUCUCCCACGUGGAAACGCUCUUUAAUACAACUUUAACCGUAGCUGGUCGGGACCAAGAAACUACUGGUUUCGCU